AUGUCAACCGAAGAAGAGAUCAAGUCAUCCGCCCUGGACAAGGUCAGAGGCUGGGGAUCCUCCUCCCUCCCCGGCAUGGGCCUAGCAACCCUCAUCACGGCUCUGCACUGGCGUCCCUUCCAGGCCCUGCCCAUGCUCUUCACCCCUCUCCUCAUGUUCUCGAGCUACCUCAGCGUGGCCGGCUUCAAGAUCGACAGCGCCGGCAUGACGGCCGCCUGGAGCGGCAUCUACUUCCUUCUCGCUGCCCGCCGUCGUCCUGCCGCACUCAAGAACAAGUUCUCUGCUCGCGGCGCCGUGCGGGCCACGGCCAUGGGUCUGAGCGCCGCCAAUGUGCUUGCCGGCACCUACACCUACGUGACAGGUGAUCGCAAGGCCGAGGAGCAGGAGAGGAAGGAGAUGGACAAGUGGGGCAUGUACAGCGAUAGCGAAUGA